AUGAUCUUGUAUUAUGAUCCACAAAGCAAGCGCGAGUCAAUGGAAUGGCGUUAUAAGGGUGGAAAGUCCCCUAGAAAGGCAAAGGUGCAACAAUCGACUAAAAAACUGAUGUGCACAAUAUUUUGGGAUUUUCAAGGCAUUUUGAUGUUGGAUUUUAAAGAACGUAAUACAGUCGUGAAUGGCGAAUAUUAUGCUUCUUUAAUAUAUAAAUUACGAGACAAGAUAAAGGAAAAACGAAGAGGCAAGCUGUCUAAAGGUGUCCUGUUGCUCCAUGGCAACGCCCCUGUUCAUACCGCUGGUGUUUCGAAGGAUGCAGUUCGUCAAUGCGGGUUCACAGAAGUUCAACAUCCACCUUACAGUCCAGACAUGGCCCCGUCCGAUUAUUAUUUAUUUCCAAAUUUAAAGCGGGACUUAAGAGGAACAAAAUUUUCAAGCGAUGAAGAGUUGCAGGCGGCCGUCUUCAGUCAUUUUGAGGAUAAAAAAUGUGAUUAUUUUUAUAGGUUUUCAAUUGGAAUUGAUUAA